CUCCCUCUCUCCUUCUCCCUCCCUCUCUCCUUCUCCCUCCCUCUCUCCUUCUCUCUCUACCCCCUUCUUUCAUUUUCACGUCUUUCUCUCCUUGUUGCGUUCCCUGUGGUUCUGCAGUUGUGAACCUUGUGAACUGUUAAUCUUUCAGUCAGUCAGUCGGUGGGUUCGUUGGUCUGUACAUCACAGGAGCCAUGGUGCCAGUAAACGGCUCAGGGGAGAAGUGGCGGCUGGUAUUAUUGGGGGCUUUCCUCAUCUGUGGGUUAAUCCUGGAGUUUGGACAGUGCCAGCAGGAUGAGCAGGAGGGACGGACCACCCCACCAGACCGUAAGCCCAAAUCCAGUAAGGGUAAACCAGUGAGGGGAGCAGGUAGAGCCACAACCAAACCCAAACCCAGGGCUAAAGCAACACCGGCUCCCCCAUCAGCAGUCAACCAGGGACCUGUUCACCUGACACAGGUGGUGAACAAGGGGAAGUUCCGGCGUGUUGCCGACAGUCUGAGCAUCCGGUCGGGUGACACCCUGGAGCUGAGGUGUAAAGGGAACCCUGUUGAGUGGGGCGUUCCUGUUUACCUGGAGGAGGACGAUGAGGGGAGACUCAGGAUGGUGCAGCAUGACCGGUAUGGCACCCUGACCCUGUCCAACUCUACAGGAGCAGACACUGGAGAAUACACCUGCUUCCCCAUGUACUGUGAAGACAGGGACUGCAGGAAGGUGUACGACAAGGCUGUCAAAGUCUUUGUCUUCUUCCCUGACCCACAGGAGCUGUUUGUCCCCUCUUCCUCCUACUAUGAGGUCAUCCAGCUGAGGACCAAUUGGCCAACAGUCCUCCCCUGUCAGGUGACAUCACCUGACGCCAAGGUGUCUCUACACCGGGAGUUUCCCCCGGUAGAGGUGGCGGUGGACGGGGCGGAGAUCACGUUUAACGUUAAACAGGGAUUCACUAUCCACCGGCCCAAGCUGCACCACGCCGGGGAGCUGUACUGCGUUGCCAGCCUUGGAAACCUCAGGCAGAGCUCCGUCAAGUACAUGCUCAUAUACGUCAACUACCCUGUGGCGCCCCCGACCCCAGUGAUCCAGGCGACCUCCAACUCUGUGGCCAUUGGUCAGAACCUACAGGUCACCUGUACUGUGAUUGGAGAACAGGACGUGGUCAUAGACUUCACCUGGGAGUACCCUGGGCAACAGAUCGGCAGGCCUCUGUACACCCAGGACAGUGUUCAUCCGGACGGAGGGGGUCUGGGGAGGCAGCAGUCCCAGACCGUCCUCCUGGUGGAUGAGGUGAGGGAGGUGGACGGAGGGCCUUACACGUGCACCGCCCAGAACCUGCAAGGCUCCAGAACCACCUCCACCACCAUCAAAGUGCUAGCGGCUGCUGCUAAGGAUAAGGUCAAAGACAAGCCCAAGCCUAAAAAACCCUGAGAGUCAAUAGACUACAGAUCAGAAAUGGGAGAAGGAUGGCAUAGCCACGAAGGAGAAGGAAGUAGCCUAUCAAGAUGGAACUGGAACUGUAGAAUGAGUUGGUUCUAAUUCCAUGGGUGGAACCUUGCUUUAAAUGACCAUUCUACUCCUGACGUUACUAUGUACGUAUACUGUGAAGCUAUAGGGCUCAAUGAGUGAGCUCUCAAGUAGCUCAUGGAUAUUAAAACAGCCAGUAGUUACCACACACACAGCAUAGAAGGUUUACACAGGGCGGAGGGAAAGAGAAAGCUGGGCGGAAGAAUGCAAAUUGGGGAGAGAGAGAAAGGGAGUGGGGGAGUGGGGGGUAUAGAGAGAGCCAGAUAGCAUUCUGAGCAUCUACAUUGUAGUGCAUGUAUUUUGAUAGACAUAAUUAAUAGAAUAUAGACAUAAUAAAUAGAAUAGAACAACGCUCCCGUAUCACUGCAGAUUUAAAGGACCAUCAUCAGACCUUCACCUUCUUUGGUGUGCGUUUCUAUGUUGCAAGUAGUGUUCCUUUUUUACUCGUGGGAAUAUCUCCUCUCCAACUUUCCACCGCCGACAAGUUUCUCUAGUGUUCUCUCUUCCUACUUCCUGUUUGUCUCAAUAAAGAAAUGUUUUCGUAGACUACA